CAUCAUCUUUUCUCAUUGCAUGCACCUUGCAAAGUUGAGUACGAUGAAGCAGGCCGUUUACUUCUCGUUUCUUAUCUUCUUCAUCUUCUUAAUCCUCUGUUGCACCACAACCUCAGCUCAGUCCCCUGCAGAGUCUCCAGCAGGACCAGCACCAGCACCAUCAGGCCCUAUUCAUAUCAUCGCAAUCCUGAAGAAGGCCGGCCAUUUCACUACAUUCAUUCGGUUGCUCAAAAACACCGAUAUGGCUGAACAAAUCAAUGGACAGCUUAAAAAGUCUAAUCUCGGCCGCACCAUCUUUGCACCGCCUGACAGCGGGUUCUCCGACCUCAAGUUAGGCACUCUAAACUCUCUUAGUGAUAGAGAACAGCUCCAGCUGGUGCAAUUCCAUAUCAUCCCUUCUUUCUUGUCUGUAUUGCAACUGCAAACUGCUACCAACCCUGUGCAUACAGUCGCCGGUGACAGCAACGAGGGCGACUUUCAACUAAAUAUAACUUCCUCAUCAACACAAGUGAACUUAACAACAGGCGUUGUGAAUGCAACAAUAGACGAUACCUUAUUUACUGAGAGCGGCCGACUUGCUGUUUACCAGGUGGACCAUGUGCUCCUUCCACUGAAACUUUUUGGGUCAGCUUCACUGACACCACCGCCGUCUAAGCCUGAGAAGGAUGAUGGUACAAAUGCAACUGCUUCAGUGUCUUCUGGUGUAGUAGAUCCUAACCGCCAAGUAACGGCAACAAUAUUGGUUGGAGUUGCAGCUGCUGUCGUGUUUUCCCUUUGGCUAUGAUCUUUUGUGUGUUGGUUGAUGAUGAUGACAUCUUGUGUGUAUCUGCUGUUGUGAUUUCAACCAAAUAAAUCAUUAUUUUUUUUGGAGUAA